CAACCAAGCCAGCAUCGACGGCUCAUUCUGCUGCAACUGCGAGCAUUAUUUCGGUGUCAAGCCCAUCGCCACGAAUUCGCAAGGCGCUCUUUGAAGGAAACGACAACCGUUGCAACAAAACAAAAUGUUGAAAUUUGUCUUGUUCCCUCUGCUCUGCUCUGUUGCCAUCGCUUGCCAGAUGGACGACUUUUUCGCCGGGUGCGUGGAAAAACCCGAAGAUGAACAGAAGCCUGGCGACUGCAUCAUCGCUCCCGAGCAAUGGCUCCGUUCGAACACUUACCGAUACUUCGCCCACCAAGCCCUGGAAAACUCCACCGUUCAACCGGAUCAGGGCAACCUUAACACCCUACUUGACGUGACUCGUGGGGCGGCUCGGCUCUCUGAUGGCAUUAUAGUCAAGGUCCAGUUCACAACUGUAGAGAGCAUCUGCAACAACACAGUGCCGUACUCCGAGAAAGAUUGCCCACCACUCGGAACUCAGACUAAUGGAGAGUGCUGGGCAAUGUUUCGGUAUUUUGGUUACCUGCGACUUGAGGACGCCUGCUGUACCCACACGCCCGAAAAAUGAAGUGGCUUCAC